AUGAAAUCCGAUAUCGAGGCUCACCCUGAACCCGAGUCCCCCACGAAACCCUCGUCGUUGGCCCAACUAUGGAAUCAAUCCAUCAGUCCGGUCUACGCCGACUGGAUUGGUCUUGUGCUCUGCUUUGUCACCGGGCUAUGUGACAGCAGCGCCUAUAAUGCCUGGACCUGUUUCCUUGCUAUGCAGACUGGAAACACAAUCUUCCUCGGCCUCGGCGCCUCCUCCCAACCCUUCAACAAACCCUGGGGCUGGCUAAAAUCCCUCGUCUCCAUCGCCGCCUUCUUCCUCGGCGCGACAACCUUCUCCAACACCACCCGUAUCGCCGGUGCUCGUCGUCGCGGAACCCUCUUCGUCUCCUUCCUCGUCCAGUCCAUCCUCAUCGUCAUCGCGGUCGCCCUGAUCGAAGCAGACCUUAUCCCGCAUACUUCGCAAGACGCGAGUUUAACCGGCGGACCGCUUUUCCUGGAGUUGAUUCCCAUUGCGCUCCUAGCGUUCCAGAGCGCGGGGAGUAUUACGUCCACGCGCGCGCUGGGGUAUAAUGAGAUCCCCUCCGUUGUCCUGACGAGUGUAUACUUUGACCUCGCGAGUGAUCCGAAGCUUGUCUCGGGUCCGACGGGGAAUGUCAAGCGGAAUCGUCGCGCCGGGGCUGUGGUCAUGUUGCUUGUCGGGGCGAUUGUGGGCGGGUGGUUGAGCCGGAGUGCAGGGGGGAUGGAGUCUGCGCUGUGGAUUUCGGCUGGGAUUAAAUUCGUGAUUGGGUUUGUGUGGUUUGGUUGGUGGGGGGAGCAGUAA